CUCCUCUGUCCUCCAUGAACCCGCUGGUAUAAACUGAAAACAGAACGGGUCAGGGUGCAGCAGGUCCGGCUGUGAAGAGUCCGGUCUGUCACAGGAUGCGUUACUGCAGCACACGUGCAGGCGUUCAGGGCCGUAGCUUCAGGGAUGUGCUGUUCUCCGGAUACGCUCCAGACGGAGGCAUGUUCAUGCCAGAGAAUAUCCCAUCGCUGUCUCCUGAAACACUGCGCACCUGGAGCCACCUGUCCUACCAGCAGCUGCUGUGUGAGAUCUGCUGCCUCUACAUCCCUGAGCAGGAGAUACCGCGACAUGAUCUGGAGGGGCUCAUUUCGCAAGCGCUGUCUAGCUUCUCCAUACCUGAAGCUGUGAGACUGGUUCAGCUGAAGGACUCGCUGUCCAUCCUGGAACUGUUUCAUGGAGAAACGCUGGCGUUUAAAGAUCUGGCCAUGACCUGCACCGCUCAGUUCCUUAAGUAUUUCCUGCGCAAAGAUGGCAAACGGGCCACAAUACUAGUAGGUACGUCGGGCGACACGGGCAGCUCGGCCAUCAGAAGUGUGUUCGGUCUCAGUGAGGUGGACAUAGUAGUGGUGUUUCCCCGUGGACGCAUCACCAAAGUACAGGAACGACAGAUGACCACCAGCAUAGCGGACAAUGUCCAUGUGUUUGCAGCUGACGGGACGUCUGAUGAUAUUGACGUUCCUCUGAGGAAGCUGUUUGCGGAUCCAGACCUGGUGCAGGGUCAUGGUCUCAUGAGUCUGAACUCUGUAAACUGGUCCAGGAUCCUUGUCCAGCUGGCUCAUUUCCUGUUCGCAUACCUGCAGCUGAGCGUGCCGCAGGCCGAAGGAGAUGCUCUGCCCGUGCUGGAGGUGCUGGUGCCUACAGGAGGAGCGGGAAACAUCACAGCUGGGUGUAUCAUGAAGCUGAUGGGAAUCCCUCUGCGUCUCGUGGCCGUGGUCAACUCCAAUGACAUCGUCCACCGUGCACUCCAGAGCGGAGAUUUUUCCAUGUCCGACUCCGUCAAGCAAACUCUCGCUCCUGCCAUCGACAUCCAGGAUCCGUAUAACCUGGAGCGCGUGUUCUGGCUCCUGUCCGGUCGAGACGGAGCGAUGGUGAAGAGUUUGAUGGAGGAGUUUCAGAGGACACACAAACUCACUCUUCCUGAGUCACUUCAUCAGCAGUUGUGUGAGGUGUUGUCGUCCGGGUCGGUGUCUGAUGAUGGGAUACUGGAGGCCAUGAGGAGAUGCUGGCAGGACAAUCACUAUCUCAUCUGCCCUCACACUGCUGUAGGCGUGUGGCAGCACUAUCACACACUCAUCAAACCCGGAGAAAACAGAUGCUGCAUAGCGACCGCAUCACCUGCCAAGUUUCAGGAAGCCGUGCAGAAGGCUGGUUUGACCCUUGACCUCCCUGAAGCAGUGCGGGCGUUAGACAAGCUAGAGACGCGUUAUGAAGUUUUGGAGCAAUCAGACGACUGGGAGUCCAAACUCAGACAACACAUAGAGUCCAUCAGCUCAAUGAGACGACGCGGAGUAGCAGCAAAAAACAGAGAUUGACAUGAAGAUAAUUUGAUGAGCAUUUAAAAUGCCUGAGUAUCAGAUUUGUUUUCAACACCUAAAAGACUCACAGCCGUUUUUUAAUCAUGAAUGUCGUGCACCUGUUUAUUCGACAGUUCUGGCUGUUCGAUGAUCAUGAUAAUCUAGUGGUAUAAUUUUAUACAUAAGUGUUCAAGUCCUGAUAUUAAAUCAUUUUUUAUAAUUAACCAAGCAAAAUCGCAACUGAACUCAACUGCUAGUGAUCGGUGUUUCAAGGAAAAAAUCCACCUCCAAUAAAAAUAACUUAUUUAUAAUAAAACUUUACUUUUCACUGUAAUCAUUUUUGUCUUCAGACUUAGUUAUGUAGUUGAAUUAUCAACUGAAUCAAGAACAUGCAUGCUAUUUGAGAAUAUUAAGGAUAUAACUAUAGAGUCUUCUAUAGAAGUGUGUGUGUUUAUGUCAGUGUUUUUAAUUGUUCUGAAUAAACAACAUAAUCUUACUCUAAGUAUCCUUCUAGAAAUGCUCAUGCAAGUGUUAAGUGUGUGUGCAUGAGAGAGAAGCGGAGAUUUUAGUGUAAAAUAAGUGUUUUACUGGAGCUGAGCAUUUGGACUUUGGUUAUUAAGGUGAUUAUAGUGUUAUGAUCUCAAUUGUUCAGGCUUGAAUA